AUGGCUGCCUCUACUGCAACAUCUUCAGCUACUUGUAAUAUCCAUGGAAAUCUCAGCCACACCAGCACCUUCCUCUCCUCCAAAUCUCACUACCAUUCCAUCUCUGGCCGUCCCUGCAACUCCCCCUCCAAAUCAAGACCUUUAACUAUCGUUUCCAUGGCACCCCAAAAGAAGGUGAACAAGCUCGACGGAGGCUGGCAGAAGAAGUGGUACGGAGCAGGAAUCUUCUACGAAGGGGCGGAGGAAGUUGAAGUGGACGUCUUCAAGAAGCUGGAGAAGCAGAAGGUCCUCAGCAAAGUUGAAAAGGCUGGGCUUUUAACCAAGGCAGAGGAGCUUGGGCUGACCCUCACGUCGAUUGAGAAAUUGGGGCUGCUUUCGAAGGCCGAGGAGCUUGGGCUACUCAGCCUGCUCGAGAAAGCUGCAGGCUUCUCCCCCUCCGCCUUGGCCUCGGCGGCACUGCCGAUUCUGGUGGCGGCGGUGGCGGCCAUCGUGCUGAUACCGGAUGACUCGGGGGCGCUGGUGGCCGUGCAGGCUGUGGUGGCUGGUACGCUUGGGGCUGGCGCUGCUGGCUUGUUAGUUGGGUCAGUUGUCUUGGAUGGCUUGCAAGAAGCCGAUUGA